CUCCCAGGUGCGGGCGCGCGGAGGAGAUACUAGGAGGCGUCCAGGGAGUCCUUGGGGGUCCUGGUCGAGCUUCCUGGGCCCGCGAACCCGAGAGGCGCCAUGGGACGGAUCACGGAAGAUCUUAUUAGACGGAAUGCCGAGCACAACGACUGUAUAAUUUUUUCCCUGGAGGAGCUCUCCUUGCAUCAGCAAGAAAUAGAAAGACUAGAACAUAUUGACAGGUGGUGCCGGGAUUUAAAAAUCCUCUAUCUUCAAAAUAAUCUCAUUGGAAAAAUUGAAAAUGUUAGCAAACUCAAGAAACUUGAAUAUUUGAAUUUAGCUUUAAACAACAUUGAAAAAAUUGAAAAUUUGGAAGCAGGAUGCGAAGGGCUGACAAAGCUUGACUUGACGGUAAAUUUCAUUGGUGAGCUGAGCAGUGUGAAAACCCUUCAACACAACAUCCACCUGAAGGAGCUCUUCCUCAUGGGAAACCCCUGCGCUGACUUUGACGGCUACAGACAGUUCGUGGUGGCAGCUCUGCAACAACUAAAGUGGUUGGAUGGUAAAGAAAUUGAGCGUUCAGAAAGGAUUCAGGCAUUACAGGACUUUCCAGUAGUUGAACAACAAAUCAGAGAGCAGGAGAAAGCUUACUGCCUCAAACGAGCCAAGGACAAGGAAGAGGCUCAGAGGAAACUGCAGGAGGAGGAAAACAAAGGCGAGAGGGAGGGAAGGCACACAGGCUUUGACGGACGUUGGUACACAGACAUUAGUGCUACUCUCCCAUCUUCUGAAGAGAGCAAAGACGACGUCCAGGCACCAGAAAUACAAGGGGAAUGUAAGAAAAAGAAAUUAGACAGCGGUGAAGACGACCUGGAAUUCUGGAAUAAGCCCUCUUUGUAUACCCCUGAAUCUAGAUUGGAAACUCUGAGACAUAUGGAAAAACAACGGAAAGACCAAGAAAAAUUAAGUGAAAAAAAGAAGAAAGUGAAACCACCCAGGGUGCUGAUCUGUGAGGAUGGGAGAGCCCUGAAUGUAAAUGAGCCCAAACUUGACUUCUCUUUGAGAGAUGAUGAAAAGCGUAACCAGAUCGUCCUGGACCUGGCUGUAUAUAGGUAUAUGGACACCUCUUUAAUCGAUGUUGAUGUACAACCAACUUACGUGCGAGUGAUGGUCAAGGGAAAGCCAUUUCAGCUUGUCCUUCCUGCAGAAGUCAAACCUGAUAGCAGCUCUGCUAAAAGAGCUCAGACAACAGGGCAUCUGGUGGUCUACAUGCCCAAGGUGGGCGAGAUAAUCACAGGUUGUCAAGGAACAUCAAAGCCAGUGAAAAGCACGCCGGACAGCAGCAGGGAGAAGACGAACAAAAGAAGCCAGCAAAUGGAGAGACUAGAAGUAGAUCCCAGCAAGCAUGCCUUCCCUGAUGUGGCUAACAUAGUUCAAGCGAAAAAACACACGCCCAGAAGAGUUCAAGCUGAACCCAAAAUCAUACCAAGCGAGGGAGAUCCAGACUUUGAAGAUAAUCCCGAAGUGCCUCCGUUGAUUUGAAAACUUCAGGCUGCACCGACUGUGCACUCAGUGCAGAGAGUGCGUGUAUGUUAUUUCUGGGGUAAACACAGUUAUUGUCAACAUUACUCCUCCGAUGUUUUAGGUCCUACUUUGUACAUUAAUAUUCUCAAACCAGUUUACAAUUAAAAUGUGUACCUUCAAAA